AUGACUCACGCACAAACCCUCGAACUCAAAGAGCUGCGAGCCUUGAUUGCUCGGACAGUAGCUGAAAUACGCGCCAUGAAAUCCCAAGUGCACAACGCGACAAGCGCCGCACCCGAAAUCAACCGAAUGCUUGAAGAAACUCAGAGAACCCCAUUCACUGCAAGAAUCACGGAGGCCAGGAUUCCCGAGCCGGGGAAGGUGAGAAUCCUGUUCUACGAAGGGGCAACCGACCCGAAGGCACACAUCACAGCGUUUUGGAUAGCGAUGGGACGAGCCUUCACAAAGAACGCCGCUAAACUCACCGAGCGUGAAAUAGAUGCCGGAUACUGCCUGCUCUUCGUGGAGCAUCUCAAGGGAGCCACACUCGAGUGGUUUUCGAGGCAGGAACGAAAUUCAAUCGGCAAUUUUCAACAGCUCUCCGCUUUGUUCCUUAAACAAUACUCAAUGUUUAUGGACAGAGGAACAUCUGAUGCCGACCUGUGGACACUAUCCCAAGGACCGAACGAACCGCUUUGGGAUUACAUGGCAAGAUUCAAGGCAGUCGUAUCCAAAAUAGAAGGGAUAAGCGACAAGGCUGCGCUCAAGGCUCUGAAGCGAUCUUUGUGGUACAAAUCCGAGUUUCGACGGGAGAUGGCUCUCAACACGCCGCAAACAAUCCAAGACGCUUUGCACCGAUCAUCAGACUUCGUCAAUGGCAACCCAUCGAGCAACACAACAACGCAGAGCUCGGAUGAACCUAGAAGCGGAGGCGCCCAUAAUUACCAGGUAGGCACCGGACGCCGAAGAGGAGAGCCGCGCAACAACACUUGGGUGAGAAAGUCCGCCAACUACGACGAGAAGGCUUUCUGCGAGUAUCACCAGACCUACGGGCAUUCAACGGCUCAAUGCCAAACUUUAGGAGCAAAGCUCGCAGCAAAGAUGGCAGCGGGAGAGCUCCAAAACGCGGUCAGCCUCAAAGACCUCGUCCCUAACGAACAACAAGAGUGA